AAUGUGAGUUUGACAGGUGUCGUUCUUUCUAUUUCUCUUUAAAAUCAAGAAAUCAAACGUGCUUGUUCUCUCUGAGCUAAGGCCACUAGGCGACUUGCACUAAAUAAUUAAAAAAUGGCAUCAAAGGCUGAAUUAGCUUGCGUUUACUCCGCUCUCAUCCUAGUAGAUGAUGAUGUUGCUGUAACUGGUGAGAAGAUCUCCACCAUACUGAAAGCUGCCGGCGUGGACGUUGAGCCUUAUUGGCCUGGAUUAUUCGCCAAGGCCUUGGAGGGUGUAAAUGUACGUGACCUGAUCACCAACAUCGGAUCAGGUGUGGGAGCCGCGCCCGCGCCCGGUGGAGCUCCGGCUGCUGCGUCUGCAGCCGCGCCGUCCUCGGAACCCGCAAAGGAAGAGAAGAAGGAGGAAGAACCUGAAGAGUCUGAUGAUGACAUGGGCUUCGGUCUGUUUGACUAAAAAGCUUUACCUUAACACUGUGGUAUUCCAUUGUUAAGCUUCAUGAAGCUUAUUUAGUUAUAAGGAAAUAAACUUUAUAAAGAAAGUAAAACUA